GUGGCUCCUCGUCAACCUGUGUUCGUCACGACACUCGCCGUCUACUAAACCCUUCUUCUCCCUCGCACCCACACCAACGGACGGACGCACCGCGCCCCACGCGCCCACGCCACCUCCCCCACGCCCCGCACAGCUCAACUGCGCAUUUCUCUCAAUCCAACUGCGCAUUUCUCUCCCCUUUCACCGCGCGCGGGUGUGGAGGAGAGGAGGGAGGGAAUCCCUUUCUGUUCCGCGCCGUGCUCGCGCGCACCCAACCCACCCGCACCACGCACGCCGCCUUUUCCUUCCUUUUUUCCCACCCUUUUCCCCGCGCAUGCAUGGGCUCUGAUUGAUGCCAUGGGGGACGCCGCCGGCUCCGCAUCUGCUCCCGCCACGCCCACCUCCAUCCUCAUCUGCCGGGAGGACGGCAACGACAUUUUCCCCGACGCCGACGACGGCGCUGGAGGCGGCGGCGGCGCGGACUUCUUCGUCGCCGACGAUGACCGUCUCCUAUUCGUGGACCAGGACGACGAGUAUGCCGCGGUGCUCCUUUCCAAGGAGCGCGCUUCCGCCGCCGCCGGCGCUCGGGCGGAGGAAAUGGAGGAGUGGAUGAAGGCCGCGCGCUCCGGGCGCGUCCGUUGGAUCAUUAAGACCACCGCGAUGUUCCGGUUCAGCGGGAAGACCGCGUACGUCGCGGUGACUUACUUCGAUCGGUUCUUGGCGCAACGGCAAGUCGAUAGGGGGAGAGAGUGGGCCUUGCAGUUGCUCUCGGUGGCGUGCCUGUCGCUGGCGAUGAAGGCGGAGGAGCACCGCGCGCCGCGGUUGUCGGAGUUCCGGAUGGACGCGUACGAGUUCGACAGCGCGUCCAUCCUCCGGAUGGAGCUCCUCGUACUGGGCACGCUCCAGUGGCAGAUGAUCACUGUCACCCCGUUCCCCUACAUCAGCUGCUUCGCGGCGCGAUUCCAGCAGGACGAGCGCAGGGCGAUCAUCCUGCGCGCCGUGGACUGCAUCUUCGCCGCGAUCAAAGCGAUGAGCUCGUUGGAGUACCAACCAUCCACCAUAGCUCUAGCAUCCAUCCUCGUCGCGCGCGACAAGGAUACACUCGCUACCAAUCUCGACGAGCUCAAGGCGAUCUUGGGCUCAUCAUGGCCGCAAUUAGACACCGAGCAUGUGUACUCCUGCUACAGGGCGAUGAUUAAGGAGGACAAGUCCUCCAUGCACUCGACGGAGGUGGCGUCCUCGGGUAUAUCUGCUGUCGCCCACGUCGGGAGCCCGGACGCCUCCACGGGCGCCAAUAAUGCCACCGCCUCGGCGUCGGCGGCAACCCCGGACAACAAGAGGAGAAGGUUUCUUUCACCUCAGCGCCAGUAGGAGCUGCUGGACAGUGGAGUCCAGCUCGCAUUUUAGCUCAUCAUUUCCUUUUGUUCCAGCUGAUUGUGUGGCCAGAAUGGGGGCGAGAUUCGAUUCUUCUGAUUAGUGCAAUUGUCACAGAUGAUUUGAUAAGUUUUUAGUAUCGGAAAGAUUUUGGUUUUGAGGAGAUCUUUCCCAGGCGCAAAAGGUAGUGUAAAAGAGGAGUGAAGAAAGACGAAAAUUGAAAGGACAUCCUGCUCAAAGUGAGGCAGGCUUCAAUGGGGUGAAAAGCAAGAAGUCAAGGAGUAGGGAGUCAUUUUUUUUUCUUCUGUGAAUACUGUACUAGCUAGCCUGUCCUCUAUCCUCUUCUGUUUAAUAGCCUUGUCACUUCAUGAGUGACAAUACUUAACUAGAUAUCCAUAUGAUUAUUGCUUAUCUCUGUUGAGUCAUGUUAUUCUAGCUCAUCAGCAUGCUCUUUAGAUGCCGAAACCAAACAGCACUGUUCCAUUUCA